AUGUUCUGUCAAGGCAACAGAGCGGUGGCAGGUGGUGAUACUGAACUCGUGACAACACUAGUCACCGAGUUUGCUUGCAGCCAAGCAACCCCCACGGCCGUCCAGAAACGAUCCACUGCGGCUUCUCCCAAUGACUUCCCUAUCUGUACCGACCUGAAUGGCCCGUUUCGACCUUUCUGUCUUCCUAAGGAUGGUACCGAAGUGACAGUCGAUGCGACGUACUAUGUGACUUGGAAUGCCGACUUUUAUCCUUUGAAUGCCACUAUCACCAUCGAGCUGAGAUAUCUGAACUCCUCCGAAGGCGACUCGGCAUACACAUCCGAGAGGAUUGACAACAGCUACGGCUAUACCCAUAUCCACAUGCGCGAAGAUUGGCUUCAAGGGAAACAGCGAAAUGCUUUGACACUCUAUAUCAUUGAGCUAGAUACUGUAUCAGACAAGCGAGCCAGUAUUCGACAAGGACCGACCGUUUUACUCCACCUCCGACCCACGGAGCACCGCAAACCCUCGCCCCAGCUGUCAUUCAAUAGACUCGCAUUGUACAUCGGUCUCCCCGUCAGCCUUGGGGUUGUGGUACUUGUGGUUGCCGGUCUGUAUUUCGGGAUGCGCGAGAGUAGACGGAUAGACCUUGGGAACAUCAUCGGGUCCCGUGACAAAGGCUAUGGGAUCGCAAAGUCCAGGGACCAGCGCCUGGGUUCUAAGGCAGGCAAUCGCGAAGAGUCGGAAGCAUCCUCGGGAUUUGGAAGAUACACAGAUGACAUUGACACUAGCAUGUCGCAAAUACUCCAGCCUGAACAUCACGGUGAUCUAGAACAGAGCGCGAGUUUUGCAUUCAGGCGGGACUCGUCUAAGCUAAGGAGCUGGAGGGUCUGAGCCUUCCCUGUCCGAGGCGUACAGCCUUAUG